AUGGCCGCAGUGCGUGCCCUGGGGACCUGGAGCUGGAGCGCAAGGCUGCAGAUUUGUGUUCGCUAUUUUCAAACAUGUAGUAAUCUUCCCGUUUUGAAGCCAAAAUGCGUGUGUUUCUUCGGUUAUCCUUCAUUUAAGUAUAAUCACCCACGUCACUUACUGAGAACAGCUGCUGCUGUACGGGGGCAACUCGUUCAGUUCAAACUCUCAGACAUUGGAGAAGGGAUUAGAGAAGUCACUGUGAAAGAAUGGUAUGUGAAAGAAGGAGACACAGUGUCUCAGUUUGAUAGCAUCUGUGAAGUUCAAAGUGAUAAAGCGUCUGUUACCAUCACUAGCCGUUACGAUGGUGUCAUUAAGAAGCUCUAUUAUAAUCUGGAUGAUACUGCCUAUGUGGGGAAGCCAUUAGUAGACAUAGAAACAGAAGCUUUAAAAGAUUCAGAAGAAGAUGUCGUGGAAACGCCCGCCAUGUCCCAUGAUGAGCACACACACCAGCAGAUAAAGGGUCAGAAGACUCUGGCCACCCCUGCAGUUCGACGCCUGGCCAUGGAAAACAACAUCAAGCUAAGUGAAGUUGUUGGCUCAGGAAAAGAUGGCAGAAUACUUAAAGAAGAUAUUCUCAACUAUUUGGAAAGGCAAACAGGCGCCAUAUUGCCUCCUUCACCAAAAGCUGAAGUUAUGCCACCUCCACCAAAGCCAAAAGACAGGGCUGUUCCCACACCAACAUCAAGACCGCCAGUUUUCACAGGCCAAGACAAAGCACAACCUCUAACAGGCUUUCAAAAGGCAAUGGUAAAGACGAUGACUGCAGCCCUGAAAAUACCUCACUUUGGCUAUUGUGAUGAGGUUAACCUUACUGAACUGGUUAAACUGCGGGAAGAAUUAAAGCCCAUUGCACUGGCCCGUGGGAUUAAACUCUCCUUUAUGCCCUUCUUCUUAAAGGCUGCUUCUUUGGGAUUGCUACAGUUUCCUAUCCUUAAUGCUUCUGUGGACGAAAACUGCCAGAAUAUAACGUACAAGGCUUCUCAUAACAUUGGGAUUGCAAUGGAUACCAAGCAGGGGUUGAUUGUCCCUAAUGUGAAAAACGUUCAGAUCUGCUCUAUAUUUGAGAUUGCCACUGAACUGAACCGCCUCCAGCAACUGGGCUCUUCUGGGCAGCUCAGCACCACUGACCUCACUGGAGGAACAUUCACUCUUUCCAACAUAGGAUCAAUUGGUGGUACUUAUGCCAAGCCAGUUAUACUGCCACCUGAAGUAGCCAUUGGGGCCCUUGGAACAAUUCAGGCUCUUCCCCGAUUUAACCAGAAAGGAGACGUGUACAAAGCACAGAUAAUGAAUGUGAGCUGGUCAGCUGAUCACAGGAUUAUUGAUGGAGCCACCAUGUCACGCUUCUCUAAUCUGUGGAAGUCCUACUUAGAAAACCCAGCUUUUAUGCUGCUAGAUCUAAAAUGAAGAUUAGCAAGAUAUCCUUGAACUUUUCAAGCUUCCAGAGGGUAUGAAAAGCUGCCGCGCCAGCACAUUGUCCUUUGUCACAAUUUGUAAUGUAAAUGAUUUGUGUUACAUAGUUAGGGCUCUAAGGCACAAUACUUGGCACUAGUCUGUUAGACUUUUUGCUGAGAAAUGAAUAAGGGUGUGAUGGUUCUCCAGAGGCUUUCACGUUUUGUAGGUCAGGGUGUGGCUUCUUCAUAUGGUGCUGAGGUCUUUGUAUCAAUGGGUUGAAACUGGCAAGAAAACAAAAUUACUGUUACCAAAAGACAAGUAGUCAUACACAUACAGUAUUUGCCCUGUUUCUUUUUUUAUUUUUUAACUAAUUCUUAAAGUUUUAAGUUAUACUUAGAAAAAGGAGUUUAUAUUCAAAACUACUUUCCAUUUCCCUACAAUCAUGCUAACUGUCAUAUAUUAAAAAACAAGUGCAAUUAUCUUUACCUUUUAAGAUAUCCAGGCGUCUACUCUUGCUUUGAGUAGAGGGUAUCUAUUUAUGUAAAUUAACAUCUUUUAAAAGGGAAAAUUAUAACCUGAUUUUAGUUAUGGUUUUAUAACCAGUCAGGUUUCAUGGUCUCUGAUGGAUGUACUUUUAGAAUUUUGGUAAUGCUUUGGCAUUUUGUUGGGAAAAACUCUAUCUUUGCAAACUCACUUCAUGUGAGGAAGAAACUUUAAAUCUACCAGCCACUGACAUUUUUUUUUAAUAUUCAGAAGCUCAGUACCUUUUAAUUUUCUUGAUCGUCAGCUAAAAGAGGAGUGAGAACGGGAAGUGCAGGCUGUUCCUUCUCCAUACCUCGAGUAGGAACACGAGGGAGAGGAGAAAGUUGUCAUGGGAAGCCAUGGGCAUAAAGAUAAAACAGUGCCAGGCACCAGUGACUCACGCCUAUUGCCCUAGCUCCUCAGAGAUCAGAGGAUCAUGGUUCUAGGCCAGCCCAGGCAAAUAGUUCAGG